CAACGCUUCAUCAUGUCGGCGUGACGUCAUCGUCUCGCGAGAUGACAACCGUGACGUCUGGUUUAGCUGUCCGGCAGGAGUCAAGGAGCUAGACGUUAACGGCGCUGCGGGACUUUUAAACAGCGAUCCGGGAACGGAGGGCGGCGUUAAGAAUAACAAGGGACUGUCCCGGAAACAGCCGGCGUAUGAUGCUCUUCCUAUUCAGUCAAGUGUGGUCCUAUGUUCCUGCCCGUCGUCUUCAAUUGUGAGAAGCUCCUUUAGACUCCAGCUCUUCACCUGUCCUUGGAAGCAGACCAAGUACCAACAUGGAUGUGAAGGCUGUAGAGUCCAGAACAAAUCCAAAUCCUUUGCCGCACCCAGGGCAGCAAGAACAGCAGCCUCGAAAGAAACGAGCCCAGGAUUUCAAGUUUGGAAAAAUCUUGGGUGAAGGAUCUUUUUCGACAGUUGUCUUAGCCAAAGAGUUAACAACAGGAAGAGAAUUUGCCAUUAAAAUUUUACAGAAGCGGCAUAUCUUAAAGGAGAACAAGGUACUUUAUGUGACCAGGGAAAAAGAAGUUAUGUCCUGUUUGGACCACUCAUUCUUCGUUAAACUUUACUUCACAUUUCAAGAUGAUGAAAAGCUCUAUUUUGGUCUUAGUUACGCUAAGAACGGAGAACUACUAAAGUACAUACGAAAGAUUGGCUCGUUUGAUGAAACCUGCACAAGAUUUUAUACUGCUGAAAUUGUAUGUGCUUUAGAAUAUCUGCACGAGAAAGGAAUUAUUCACAGGGACCUUAAGCCAGAAAACAUUCUACUUAGCGAGGACAUGCACAUUCAAAUAACAGACUUUGGGACCGCAAAGGUGUUAUCGUCUGACAUUAAACAAGCACGAGCAAAUUCAUUUGUAGGGACAGCACAAUAUGUGUCACCUGAGUUACUGACUGAAAAAUCAGCAUGUAAAAGUUCAGACCUGUGGGCACUAGGGUGUAUCGUUUAUCAGCUGGUAGCAGGAUUGCCACCGUUCAGAGCUGGGAAUGAAUAUCUUAUAUUUCAGAAGAUAAUAAAGCUGGAAUACAAUUUCCCUGAAAAAUUCUUUCCAAAGGCUAAAGACCUAGUAGAAAAACUUUUGGUUCUAGAUCCUACUAAGCGAUUAGGCUGCGAAGGGUUUGGAGGCUAUGGACCGCUUAAAGCACAUCCAUUUUUUGAGACCGUGACAUGGCAAGAUCUGCACCUGCAAACUCCACCAAAACUUACAGCAUAUUUACCGGCAAUGUCCGAAGAUGAUGAGGACUGCUAUGGGAAUUAUGAUGACCUCCUGAGUCAGUUUGGAUGCAUGCAGGUAGCAACAUCAGCGUCUUCCCCUUCACUGGCACCUCUAGAACCCUUUCUUUCCCAGAGGUCUGGAAGCAACAUAGAGCAAUACAGACACGACCUUGAUAACAACUCGUUUGAACUUGAUCUCCAGUUCUCUGAAGAAGAGAAGCGACUACUUCUGGAAAAGCAAACAGGAGGAAAUCAGUGGCACCAGUUUGUACAAAAUAAUUUAAUUCUAAAAAUGGGUCCAGUAGACAAAAGAAAGGGUCUAUUUGCGCGGCGGCGGCAGCUACUCCUGACAGAAGGUCCACAUUUAUAUUAUGUAGAUCCCGUUAACAAAGUACUGAAAGGCGAGAUCCCAUGGUCACAAGAACUUCGCCCAGAGGCUAAGAAUUUUAAAACUUUUUUCGUACACACACCAAACAGAACCUAUUAUCUAAUGGACCCGAGUGGAAAUGCUCACAAAUGGUGCAAAAAGAUCCAGGAAGUGUGGCGGCACAGAUAUCAGAAUCAUCAGAACAGCGUCAUAUAGCAUCCAGUGCUUCUCCUCGGUGUCCUCUAAGCUUCCCCUCUUGCUGCUAGAAAGUCCCUGACACAACGGAUGAGCUUUACACAGCAGAGCAGAAGAAAAGCCCUUCACCCAUCUCUCGGCCACCGUCGUCAUAUGUCUCAUAUUUAAAUGGAAAAAAAAAAAAGCAAAAUACAGAACGUUUGAAAUAAUGGAAUUCAGGGUUGCUUUGUAUCUUCUCUGUACCUCUGUUGGGUUCCAAUGUGCGUAUCAUUGCCCUGAGCAUCUUGCUUUUAUGCACAACCGCUCUUAAUCCUCUGUAAACUAGUGAGUAGGCCUCGCUAUGCCAGCUUCACUUACAGUUGGUAGAAACGCAAAUUAGGGAUGCACCGAAUCCAGGAUUCAGUUCAGGAUUAUGCCAGAAUUUGGCCUUUUUCAGCAUGAUUCGGCUGAAUCAUUGUGCCUGUCCAAACCGAAUCCUAAUUUGCAUAUGUAAAUUAGGGCGGGUAGGGAAAUCACUGAACUUUUUGUCACAAAAGUAGAAUUUUUCUACUUUUUCCUUUCCUGCCCUUAAUUUGCAUAUGCAAAUUAGGAUUCGGUUUGGUAUUCGACUGAAUCUUUCACCAAGUAUUCGAGUAUUCCUGGGAAUCCCAAAUAGUGUAUUUGGUGCAUCCCUAACACAAAUCCUUGUAUCUAUGUAUAUACCGGCACCCAACAUAUAUUAAACAGUGGCGUUCCUCUUAAUUUUCUUUUCCUUCCAACCAGACGGAGAGGUUAAUUGCUCUGCACUUAGAUGUUGGCCUAACUUAGUUUUAUUCCACUAUUUCCUGUAUGUGGUACGGCUGAACACGUUCCUCGUUACAGUCUACCCAUGGUACCUUCAAACCAGUGGCAUCAGGCUGCAGGGAAAGCAAACUGAUGAUCUUUCGCACCGAAUUUAUAAAAAAAAAAUUCCUCACCUACGAUUCAAAUUUUAAUAUUCUUUAAAAAAACACUUUUAUUAAUCACAAAUUAAAAUACAUAGCCGAUGCUUUUCUUUGCAUCAACAGAAUGGAAGUCGGUCGUCCACUGAAAAUAAAGCACUUUGUGGAUUUUUAAAACA